AUGGCCCAACCCUCGACGCCGGCCUCGGGCGCCCAAUCGUCCAUCUUCGGUGGCCCCUCGGCCUCCUCUUCCAUGACCUUGCUCCCGCAUGCCCCAGCGCCACCGCCCGCCGUGUCCUUCACGCCCAUGGGCUCCAACGCCCCGACGCCCGUGUCCGUCGCCUCUUCGAAUAACACCUUCGUCAUGCCCAACUCGCCCGUCAAGGGAAGGACCAUGGUCGACGGGAAUUACCGUCCCAAAGUCACCAGGACCCUCGGUCAGCGCCCUGCCUGCUUGGUCAAUGCCUCUGUCACCUACUGUGGAAACAACCAGAUCGUUGCCUUUGGUGGUUUCGACCAGUACACCGACGAAGUGUACAACCAUGUGCUGAAGCUGGACCUUGCAAGCCACCAAUGGAGCCUCGUGGACAAUUAUGGGGACAUUCCUGGUGUCCGAAUGGGCCAUACCGCUACUCUAUAUCAAGGCGACAAGCUGUUAGUGUUCGGCGGUGAGAACGAGCAUCGUACCUAUCUAUCCGAUCUCAUCAUCUUCGAUCUGAGAACGGCACACUGGACCCAACCUCAAGUUACCGGCCCCGUUCCCAAGGGCCGUGCCCGGCACGCCGCCGUGCUGCACGAGGACAAGUUGUUCAUUGUUGGUGGUAUCACGGGGCAUGACAAUUACGUCUUGGAUGACAUCUGUUACCUGGACCUCAAGACCUUCACAUGGUCCAAGUCAUGGCGCUUCGUUGGGAGGUUUGAUCAUUCUGCCCACAUCUGGAACGACAGGGUAUGGGUUUUCGGCGGUCUCAGCGAGGACAUGGACAAGAUCGGGGAUUUAUGGUGGCUCGACCUGAAGGGCAGCCCGGCCUUCGACUCGUCUCCCCAGUUUGGCACUGUAGAUCGACACACUCCCUUGAACCGGGUCGCAGAUUCUCCCCGUCAGCCAUACUCGAUCACCGGAAACGGAGUAAUCGGGGCUUCAGGUUACGCAGCCAAUUCACGGACAGCUCAGGUCAACACGCCAUCGUUCCAACUGAAAACAUAUGCGCCCAUGGCUCCUGGCGCCAUAUCCUCUUUGAAAUUUAUGUCUGGGCUCAAUGUUCCAUCCCAAGGCUCUGGAGCGCACUAUCACCUAUACUCGUCCGGGACUCUACUGGAUUUUGUAACGCCAGGUGGGACAAUUACCUCGAAAGAGUGUUCCCUGUCUGCACUCGAUCUCGGCAGUCUGCGUUGGCAGAAGCUAGCUGAAGGUCGUGAAAUCUUCAAGACUGGCUACCGAUGGCAUUACUGUACUAUGAACGAGGAUGGCACGAAAGCCUGGCUGCUGGGCUGCCCUCAAGACAAUAUAGGAGGUGAUCUCGGUCCUACCGGGUUCGAGGAAUACUUGAGUGAAAUAAUGGAAAUCGACCUCCGACGUUACGGGUUCCUUGGGAACAAUGUUCCGGAAACUCGGGCAGAGCUAUCUCGCCCCUCGGCUCACAGAGUCUCGGAGCAGCCCUCGAAAGGCCUGGGUCUUGACCUUGCUAAACUGUUCAACCAACCCCCGGAAUCUGGGAGCGGAACCGACUUUGUCAUCACGGCCCUGGCUGGCGACUAUGAAGAAGACGACAUGAUGAGCUCCAGCCACGUCCGGGCAGGCGAAGCCGACAACCAGAAUUGGCUUGCUCCCGACGCCCCUACUUCGCCCCCGAUCCAUGUACACAAACUCAUCCUACAGGCACGCUGGCCACACUUCGCCAGGCUCUACAAUGCUCAGAUGGCUGAGUUCCACACCAAGAAGAUGCAUAUCCCAGAACCAUACAGUGUGGUGAAAGCCUUUCUCUACUACUUGUAUACCGAUAGUAUACAUGCGGAUGACGGGGUGACAGACCUGGCUGAUGUGGCAGGGCUCUUGGUCAUGUCCAACAUUUACAACAUUCCUCAUCUACGUCUACUCUGCGUCAACAGGCUCUCCAAGGAGCUCGACGUGGUCCACGCCUGUAUCAUCUGGUAUUGCGCUGGGCUCGCAAACGAAGAAUGGCUGAGGAAACGUGCGGCGACCUACUGCCUGAUGAACUGGGGCCGCAUCGUGCGAACGCCGGGCUUCCUGAAGUUACCGCGCAACGCCCUCGUCGAGCUCUCUCAGGAGAUCGACACGGAGGGGCGCGUUAUUGGAGGCGACGAGCUUGAAUACGUCGACGGGGUGCACAGCGGACCGUACGAUGGCAUGUCCCGGAAAGACAGUGUCAGCAGUGAUCGAACCCAAGCCUUGCCCUCCGAUAUCGAUGAUUCGGAGGGUAUGGAUUUAGCGUGA